AUGCGGGGCCCCCUUUGGCGCGUGGCAAUUGCUACUCUUGCUACGUGGUUAAUCCGGCACUGGCUGAAGGGCGUUUCGAAAAUGUCCAAACGGGACCUAUCCCGAAUCGCCGCAUUGUGUUCAAUCGUUGUCUAUUACACACCGUUAAAGGACGUGUCGCGGAUAGUGUUGUGUUGCUCUUCGCGCUGCGCAGAGCCCUUUGAGAGGCUCAAGCAGCUUGAUAAAGAUCGGUCGACUAAAAGGUUGCCA